AUGGCUACUCUACAAAACAAUCAACUCCGCUGUCACUGCCACUGCCGGUCAAGCAGCGCCCCUCCCUACUCGUUGAAAGGGGUGGAAGAACACGAGCGCGUUGCGACCACAUUUAGAACUCGCGACCUCGAGACGACUAUCUUCGACGAGGAGCGUCGCCGCAAAGAACUCGUAGCACUCAGAGAUGAAUUCUCAGACUUCUCAAACAACUUCGGCAAGCGUGCGCUGCACUUUCAAAGCAUCCGUCAGAACCCUACCCUCCGGGGAUUCUUCGAUACAACUCGGGACUUCGACCAGGAGCUCUUAGACCUCAAGUUCCAACUUGCGAGUCCUAACGGGCAGCUUUACUUCCUGCCGGAGGAAGAUGCGGACAACGCGAUAAGCUGCAUUCGCCGAACUACCACCAUACUCCUGAGCGCUCGCUGGCACAUCUGGAGAUGCGUCGAGCUCUCGGCGUUUCAUGCUCGCUAUGAGACUGGUGAGGGUCUGGUGUGGAGUACGACGCUGAAGAGGUAUGUUUAUCCUGGGAAGUUGGCUGCCGAGCUGGAAUGUCAAAUGUGCUGGGACAAGGCCCGGCCGCGGCUUGAAGGUCUUCUUAGGGAGCUGAGAAAGGAGAUCCCGCACAUAAGGCAGAUUGUGGGUCGGCUUGAAGGCAGUCGAAAGCCCCCCUUCUUACGGGAAUUGAAGGAGGCUAGUCCUCACAGCAAGGCCUCAAAGACCUCAGCUCUGCUAUCAUGUCUUAGCUCUGGUACCCGGUCGGGAAGCCACCAGUACGAGAUGUCAGGCGGCCUAUCAACCGACAAAGCGCGCAAGACUCCAACCUGGAUCAACAACGUGAAGGUGCGGCUCGAAGGGGGGAUUAUCAACGACCCCACGGAAGUCGAUUUCAGCGCCAUCCCAGUCCGCAUUCGGUACCGCGAACUCAAGGCCCGGGAGAAGCUGCAGGGUGGUGAGAAUCUGGAGGCGAUGAGGGAUGCAUGGGUGGCGUUCCGAGAUGAUCUGGACAAGAGGGCGGGGGUUCCCUCGACGGAUGUGAUUCUCUUGCGGCAUAAGGUCGUUACGGAGGUGAUACUUUCGGAGCACAGGCUGCAGCAGGCGCGGGAGCAAGGAAGUGGUGGAUCUAGGGAGGAUGGUGGAGCUUGA